AUGCCGGCCAAGAGGAACCCUACAAGCUCCACUGUGACCGUCACCACUGGAGUUGGUGGAAUGAAGACAAGGCGUAGUACCGUUCAGGACACCGCCGACGACGACGAUAACGUCGAUGAUUGCGGUCAAUCCACUGACAAGAAUGAACCGGUACCACCUGCCGACGUUCAUGAUGACGCCGGUGACCCGUCUCGUGAGGCUGAUCCCUCGCGAUCGGGCAGAUCAGAGCGCGAUGGCGUCGUCGAUACGCCGGGCGACCGUGAUGCUCGCACGGGCGCUGCAGACGACAACACGGUCGGUGAUCAGCACCGUGUACCUGAUACUAACAUGGAUGAGCCGCAGCUCAGCCAGUUAUGGAACGACACGGAGGACCUCCUUGCUGCCAUAAAGGUGAGGUUCAAUGAGUCCGACGUAUCCUACCAGCAGGCCAUCAGCUAUGCUAAUCGGGCCACCCGUGAGGCCAAUGCUACCCGCGCUAGAGCCGUGAACGCUCAAAGGGACUUUGAGGAGGCGAUUGGUAAGAUUCGCUCCUCCAUACUCCGCAUUAAGAAGCCGGAGAACCCCGAGAUUGACGACUUAGAGACCCCGCUACGCGAGUUUUCAUCUCGCGCGGCAGACGAGGCAACUCAUCAGUCGAGGCCGCCCGUUGGCGUUGAAGGCGAUCGGCCGCAGUCUCCGCCGAUCAACUCGGACGACUAUGUCGAGAGGUCGCUCGACAUGCUGUUCCGGCCCCGCGACCGAAACGAGACGGAUGCCAUGUACAACAUUCGUCUCGAUGGCCAAACCCGCUUUUUGGAUGUGCGCGGGGCAGAACAACGGCGUCGAGAGCGCGAGGCCCGCAUCAACGAGACCUGGCAGCAAGCCGAGUCCCGCGUAGACAUGCGUGCGCGCUGGGGUAGUGCGAUGCCCUUCGCCACGCUGCGCACCGCAUUUGGUGAUGCACCGCCGCCGGGACCACCUGGUGGUGGUGGUAGCAACAACCCGCCGCGUCGUGGAGGAAUGCCCGCGCGUGGUCGCGGAUCACACUCCGUCUACUCUGGUCGGGGAUUCCGUUCUGGUGGAUUCCCUGGUGGAGGCGGUGAUGGCGGUCCUCCGGAUGGCGAUGGCGACUCGAGUCCGCACGGUAGCGGCUCGGAUGGAGACAACGGAGAUGACGACGAGAGCUCCGAGAGGUCGUCUGUCCGUAAUCUUGACAGGCAUGCAACGCGGAGUCCCAGCUACUUACAGGGUAGACAUAGCAUGCCCCGUGGUAGUGUACCUCGUCAGCAACAACAGCCACAGCCGGGAUAUACGUUACCCGCUGUUGACGACCCAUUUAUGCGUGAUGGUGUGAGAAUCAUCCACAAGAAGAAAGUCAGGCAGGCAUUACCUCAGAGGAUUGCCCUGGAGAAUUUUCCAUUGCCUGACAAGUAUUCCGACCUCGAUGAGGAUUGGCACCAAUUCAUGGGCCAACUUCUCAAGGAUAACAUUGCCAGUGUGACUGUAGCCAGCACACUUUAUGUACACCUUAUUCCGGAGUCGAACAAUUAUCGUCUCCGCGACGUCGCAAUUCACUCUGCGAAAUGCGGCGUCAAUAUGCAGAUGGCACAAGACGCACUGUCGGUUUGGGCCCGCGGAACUCUUCCCGGACCAAAUGCAGAGGCGGCGCCGGAGCAACCUGCUCCGGGACCAUCCAAUAUUGCCCCCACUGCCGCUGAUAGCACCCAGGACGGCCAUGCCACCAUAGCCGGCGAUCCUGUGGGCAACAUGCCGACUGAACCCGUUCCUAGACAGGACGCGGUGAUGACGGAUGUGAAUCCUGCAGCGGUCAAUGGCAACCCGGCUUAA